AUGCAUCGGCCAGUAAGCAACAGAGCUUAUAGUCCGCGGCAAGAUCUGUGGACCCAAGCCUCGCAGAAGUGUAGUCCAGGGGACUUGACUGUCCCGCACGUGGCGAUCUCGUGUCAGGGCAAGGACCUGGCAGCAACCCGUAUGCUUAGCGCCCUUUCUAUGGUCCAGAGCUUUCAGAGCUUUCUACCUGAUCUGUAUGGUAUAACAACCUUCCACCUGGUUCCUUCCUUGUUAAUGCACCCUGCUUCGUGCAUCCCUGCAAACCGCGGGAUGUCCAUUGAUGAGCCUCAAGGACUUCUCCACAUCAAUAAUGUGUUGGUAGAAUCUCACCUCCCAUUCAGAGCAGGCAUUGGAGGCCGGACCGCACAGGUCAAGCAGUCCGUUCUCAGCUCAGGAUGGCGAAAAGAUGGCUAUACCGCACAACACCCGGUGGCUCUCAAGAAUCCAAUAUUGAUCAAAGACAGUGGAGUUGAUAUCGAUUUACCGAAAUGGCCUGCUAGUAUAGCUCUAUAUUCAUAUUCAGUCCCGAAUUUGAAGCUGGAAGCAUACUUCUAG